AUGUGGGGCCUCUCCAUCACAAGAGUAUUCCAGGCGUACUGCGCAGGGGCUGUCCUCUUUGAGAUUCCCACGAUUGUGAUGCUGCUACGUGGUGAUAUACUUCUUCCAAAUGCCGGUGCCUGGGUUGACGACAAGUACUACUAUACAAAUAACAAGUCGCUGAUGUACGUGUUUGUGGCCAUACUAGCGUGCCUCAUCGUUUCACGUGGGAUGGCCUGCGCACUGCCAAAGUCACGCAUCAUCAUCGCCUACCUCGUCACCGUUCACACGUUCGAGGCAGGGCUCUACCUCUACUGCUGCAAGCACAAGGAGGAGGCACCAAACCGCACCGUGUAUGUCUUUGGCACGCUGAUGCUAGUGAACAUUUGCCUUUUUUGUGCGCGGCUGGUGCAGCUGAAGGCGCAACAAACAAGAGCCGAAGUCGCUGGUCUCGAGUGGCGGCAAGAGCAGCUUGCCAUCAUUCGCAAGAAGCGUGCAGACUAUGCAAAGAACAGGGGAGAAAAAAAGAACAACUGA